GAACAUCACAAUCUAGAACGUUCCAGAUCUUUCUUUAUUACCUACUGGAUACAGUUAUAAACUACACAGUUGUAAACUUCGUUUCUUUCAUUUUUGUCCUGUUUUUAAAGAUUUAUACUAAAAAUAAUACAAUAUUUUUGAUCUAUUCUAAUUCAUAUGUCAGGUAGGAGGUUCACUUCUGAACGGUUAUUUUUUGAUAAUAGAUACACGGCAAUAACCUUCGAAUUAAUAAAAAAACUAUUUAAAUCCUUUUUCACUUUGACAGGGCUUGUUUGUCAUUUUUCCCUCGAAUGAUUAAAGAAUUGUCUUUGGACAGAUAGAAAAUACGAUACACUGACAAUUUUUCUUCAAGAGUACUUCUAGUCUAAAAAGCCAUUCGGCCUAGGUGUUUUCGUGCGAAGGAAAAUAUUUCUAUUUAUAUACAACUAUUUAACAAGAAGAUCGUAUUUGUGGGUAGUAGAGGGAGAAAAGGUGACAGAACAGACCUCGGCUUCUCCUUCGAGACGUGCGCCGUUCUUCAUACGAAGCUGUAGUUAUUAAAUGUUGCAUACCUCUGUUGGACAUGGACGAGGGGGAAGACGUCUACUUGCACAUCUAUGACCUAUCAAGAGGAAAGGCAGCCGCACUGUCCCUACAAUAUCUAGAUAAAGUAAUUGAAGGAAUAUGGCACACAGGGGUUGUUGUUUUUGGACGUGAAUACUCAUUUGGGAGUGGCGGCAUUGCAAUGGCCCUGCCGGCAUCCCUUGACAUUCCCGUGCAACAGUUGAAACUUGGAACAACUUAUUUACCAAAAGACGUUGUCGACAGCUACAUACAAGAAUUGGGCCAGACUGAAUUCAAAGGGUCAGACUAUGAUCUGUUGAAGCAUAAUUGCAAUAACUUUUCUGACACCCUCGCCCAGUUCUUGGUGGGAACAGGAAUCCCCGAGUAUAUUUUAAACCUACCUAACGAAAUAUUGAACUCGCCCCUGUUACCAAUUUUAGGAAAUCUUGCAUUCGAAUUAAUCAAGAGUUCACCGAUAAUUCUACAAGAUAGUCGAAGGGAGCUUUCCCCUGAUUUUCAACAGUUGAAUUCAGAAAUCGAAGAGAGCAGGCGUCGUUCAUUGGUUCUGACGGACAAGCGGAAUGCGCUAAAAGAGAAAUUAGCAAAAAGAGAAAGGAAGAAGAACAAAAAGAGGAGGAAAGAGGAAAGAAGUGAAAGAUAUAACGGUAGGAUGUCUGAACCAGUUGAAGUUGCCCAACAGCAGGAAGUUGAUCCUUCCGUGCGGAUUGCCGAAAACCUUGCCGAAGAGGAAAGACUAGAAAGAGAGGAAAGAAAGAAAAACCGAGAGCCUCCAAUCGUUUAUAAAGACGCUGUUGAUGUUCAUAUCGAGUUUGAUGCUUUGGUGGGGCUAAUUGAUGGAAAGUUAAACGAGGAAGAACAACAGUCGCUUGAAGAACUACAUCAAUAUAUGCUUCAAGAUGAAGGCUCGUGGGCUCUUGGUGAUUCUUUCUUAGUAUUCAUAGGGAGAUUGCUCACAGACCCUUCUCUUGGCGAUGAAGCAAGUAUGAGAUGUUUGAAUGUUUUGUCUGCAGCUGCUUUAAAAGAUGACGUUAUUCUUAUGCUGCAUCAAGAUAGACGGCAACAUAUUCUCAUGAACUAUGCUCAUGAUGUCGAUCGUCUUCCUCUUCCACAACAGCGAAGCCUUACAUUAUUUAUUUGUAACUUAUUUGAGAAUAGUGGAAGUUCUGAGUGGCUGUUGUAUAUAUCAGAAUGGUCUUAUAAUAAUAUGCAGAUAUCUAAUAUUCGAGUGACGACCAAAGUAGCCGUUAAUGCUCUUUUGUCUGAAGAUGAAGAGAUGCGAGACCGCGGAACGGCCAUAAUAUACAACCUGGCUACGAAGGAGGUAAAAACUGUGGUUUUUGAUGAUGUCGCUGUGGAGCUGACGAUGGCCAUCCUUCAGUUCCUCAAUGGGUCACCGCCUGAACCGCAACUUUUCCGGUGUCUCAAGGCAAUGGCGAGAUUCUGUCAGAUCUCCGCUCAGGACGUACCCCAGCUGAUUCAGAUGAUAGGUCCUCAACCUUCAAAAUUCAAGGGCCAAUCGGAAAGAAAUGAUGCCCUCAUCGACGAGAUAACAAAAAAGCUCAGAUAAUGAAUUUCAAAGUGACUUUUUUACCCUUUGUUCUACAAUAAUCUCUGUCGGAGAAAACAAGUGAAAAAAAUUGUACUAAAGCUAUUAACAACUAUUUUAAAAUUCAA